AAUUAUUUUCCUAAUUUUAUCGGCUGUUGAUCAACUCCGGUCCCGGUGGUUCUUCGAAAUGUCGGUGUUUGAAACUGCUGUUUUUAUUGUUCAAAAUCUGCCAAAAGAUGGACCAAUAAAAACAUCAACAGACGAGAAGCUAAACUUCUACGCGCUUUUCAAACAAGCCACCCAUGGAAAAUGUGAUCUACCAAAACCGAGCUUCUACGACAUUCAAGGAGUCUACAAGUGGAACGCGUGGAAUAAGCUGGACAACAUGACGAUGGAUGAAGCCAAGCAAGCAUACGUGGACUCGAUUGUUCAGAAGAUUCGAGAAGUUCAGAAGGAAUACAAGACAGAGGAGUGGAUGAAGGGAGACACCUAUGAGCUGUUGGCUCCGAAGUUUGAGGUUUUGGGGGUUCUGGAGGGGAAGGAUCAAGCUGUUGAACAUCCAAAGAAAACGGAAAACAAAGAAACGGAAAACGAAACUGACAACGUCGAAACCCCGAACUCCAGUGCAUGCAUUCUAUCGGAUAAUGAGUACGCAGACGCAAUUGACGAUGAGAUUCAGUCAAGAUCAUCAUCGUUCACUGAACCACACAACUCCUUUAACAGAAGGAUAUCCCGACAGAGUUCGCUUAAAUCCUCAUGCCAUAGGCUCGAAAAAGAGCUGAAAGUUAUCACAGAGUCGAUUGAUAAACUUGGAAAGGCUGUGGAGGAGCGGCACAAUUUACUGAUUGGACUCAUGAAAAAAGCGACAGUCUACGUUCUGGUGCCACGUGUCACUUCUUGGAAAACCAUAAUCUUUUUCGUAUUCUGGCCAUUUGUCACGAAGUUUCUACUCCGAUGGCUCCGACGAUUUCUUCGAUUACUGAUGUGAAGUAUUGGAAUCUUUAUUAAUAUAUGUACUACAUAAAACACAAAGAAUAAGUAUUUGAU